UCCAAAAGUACGCACGUGUUUGUUAAUAGUUCUGCGAUAAUGCUUACCACUCUGAUGUAUCGAACUGCAGCGGUCACGAUGACCGUCUAUAUGACCAAUCGAGUUGGAGUUUGGGGCAAGACGGAGGAGACGGAUCGCCUGUUCCAUCAGAUCACUGGGGGUCUUCAUCCACUAGUUGGACUCCUGCGACGAGUGCUGAACUUUGAGGAGAGCGAUCUGGGCGUGGGAGAGCUAUCCCGCAGAUACUACAAUGAGGGAGUGAAGGGUACCUUCCGUAUAAUACGAAAUAUACCCAAUUAUUCGGAGGAUCUGGCCGACGGAGCCAAGGUCACCUGUCUGGAUUUGGUAGAAAAGGCCAAGGAAUUGCGCCACCAAGAAUACUCAAGAUGGUGGAAUACUUCCACGAAUAACGAGAUACUAAAGGUUGAUUCAGCAGAUUCUUCAGCUGGCGAUGGAUCAUCCGAGGAUUUAAUCCCAUUUCAGAAACGAAUGGCCGUAGACAAUUUACCGGGACAAGGCAAUGUUGCCCUCAAACCGAGAAUAAUGUGAGGGUUCAAGCAUCACUCUAUACCAAAAAAAAAAAAAGAAAUCAAAAAGUAUAUCCCACUCACACUCUACAAAAUCUAAUUGUUAAAUGCUUGCGAAAAAAAACAUGUAUGUAAAUCUUGUUGGAAUCCCUAAUGCUCUGCAAGUGUUCAAUUAAAGAUAUGCUAAAGAAUUCGCGUUUUGAAUCAUUACUCAACAAAAG